AUGAGGGUAUUUCCAGGAACUUACUUAUUGGCGGUGCUUUUCGUUGUAUGCAAAAUUGCCUUAAUGGUUGAAGGACAAACUCUGGUCCAAGAUGGAAAGAUCAACUUCACUGUGUCAUAUCCUGACUUGCUUUACUGCACGAACGUGCAGUUCCCUCGUGCAUUCUCCAGCUCGAGAAAUGUAAGGGUGAUAGCGUCCAUCGGGUAUGAGUCCAAUACUCGCAGCGUACACGACUCGGCUGUUGUGUGGACGUCGGACGUAACACAGAACAGUUUUCGCGUAUGUGCGUUGGAGUCGGGACUUGGAACAAAUGGAUCCGCCGUCGUGAACUGGAUUGCAUUUCGAGGCGCCCCUUCUGGAAUGUUGGAUGGCACCGCCUCCUUCAGUGCAUUUACCAGUGGAACAAAAUGUGAAAGAGUUACCUUUGUUCAGCGAUUUGCAUCUAUUCCAAAAGUGCUGGCUACAGUACGUCAUUCUGUCAGUAACAUGCCGCAAGACGCUAUGAAUGUCUGGGUUGAAGAACUCAAGGCGGAUUAUUUCAGAGUGUGCCUGAGGGAAGUGAAAACAUUUGAUGGAAAGCAUCAGAAUUUAAAAGUGGAUUGGCUGGCAUUAACUCACGGAGGUAUUCAACUUACAUUUCAUGGAAAAUUGUUGUUUGAAAAUGGCGGAGCUCCUCGGGAACAAGACAAUUUUGCCUUUUGCAAGGUACACAAUUUUACCGAUGAAUUUUAUGCACCCCCUGUAGUCAUAGUAACAGUAAAUCAUCUGUACGUUAGCAAGAAUGUAUAUUCCAUCAAGCCAGAGAACAAUGUUCUUAAUACUUGGAUUGAGGAAAUAACGAUCUCAUCGUUCCGUGUGUGUGUAAAAGACUUGGCAGGAAUGGAAAGUCAACACGAUCCUGUUACUUUGGAUUACGUUGUUAUUGGAGAUCGUGAUCCUUGCAUCAAUGUUUCUUGUAAUUAUUUUGCCGUCUGCAAGGCAUUUGGACCCAAAGAUGCCAGGUGCAUAUGCGUAGACAAUUGUCCAUCGUACGACGAGCCUGUGUGUUCAUCAAAUGGAACCACAUACGACAACGAGUGCAUCUUCCAGAGAGAAAUGUGCCACUUGAAGGCCAAUUUUACUCUGUAUCACCCGGGUGAUUGUACAGGAUUCCCUUCACAGAAAGGUCGUCAUCGUCUUCAUCACCACCCAAACUGGGCUGAAGCAGUUUGUGAACAGGUUCCACUGGUUCCUUAUGUCUUCUAUCCUGACAAACCUGUUCACGUACAAGUAUCUGUUAAUCACGUCAACUUCUCGGAUCCCUCCUAUGUCCACGAGGCUGUUGUGGCCUGGGUCGAGGAUUUAAGGGAAAACAACUUUACAGUUUGUGUCACUCAAGCUGGGAGGAAUGAAAAGAAAAAUGGAAAAACAUUCGCUACGGUUGAUUGGUUAGCAUACCAGGGGGCCCCUGAUGGGGGAGUGUCAGGUGAAAUGGACAUGCCGACAUGGUGGACUGGAACGAACUGCCGUACAGUUUCGCUUCCUCCGAAAAAGUUCAAAUCACUUCCUACUGUCCUCGUAUCGGCCGAGCAUGAAAGGCGGGGAGUGAAGCAUGAUGCGUCUUCUGUCUGGGUGGAAGAUUUGACGACAACUUCUUUCAAGAUCUGUAUCAGAGAACUGCAGAACUUUGAUGGGGCUCACCAAAGCAUCCAUGUGGAUUGGAUGGCAUUCGAAGAACUUCACCAACCCUUGUUUAGAGAACAUGGCUCCUUAUACUUUGUCAACGGGAAACAACCAUCCAAAGAAUUUAACUAUGCUUUUUGCGAGGAUGUUGUUUUCAAAAAACCCUACAACGACUCCCCAGCUAUUCUGGUAUCUGCUAACCAUUCAACAAACGGAGGAAACCUUAAUCCACUAUAUAACUCCGUAUCAGCCUGGGCUGAGUAUAUCAACAAGACUGGCUUCAGAGCAUGCGUGAAGGAGUUAUUUGUGAACCAGCAUGAUCCUCUCUCAGUUUCAUAUGCAGUUAUGCCAGAUGUGUGUGAGCUAGGUUGGAGUUUCUACAAUGGCUCCUGUUUCUACACGAGUGAUACCUGUGAGACAUGGUCCAAAGCUAGUACAAUCUGCAGAAGAAUGGGGGCGAACUUACCCGCUAUUGAAAGUCAGGAAGAGAAUGUCUACAUUCAACACAGACACAAUGGUGAAAAGGCCUGGAUCGGUUUGAAUGACAUUGCUAUCGAAGGAUUAUUCACCUGGGUGGAUGGAUGUCCUGAUAAAUUCCGCUACUGGGCAGAGAGUCAACCAAAUGACUUUCGGGGGGAGGACUGCGUACACACUCUUGGUCCCGGGCAUGGUUACAUGUGGAAUGAUGUGGAUUGUACUGCUUGUCAUCAAUAUACAUGCAAAAAGGAUUAUGAUGAAUGUACUAGCAACCCAUGUUUAAACGGAGGUACAUGUGUCAAUGGUAAAAGAAAGUUUAGGUGUAUUUGUCCUGCAACACACAAGGGAGACCUAUGUGAAGAGAUUGAUGAGUGCUCCAGCAGCCCCUGUUUAAAUGGUGGUACUUGUACUGAUGGAGUCAACAAUUUUACAUGUUCCUGUUCAUCGCCGUAUUUUGGACAUAGAUGUCAAGAAACGGAUGAAUGCCAGUCCAAUCCCUGCCAAAACGGUGGAACUUGCAUAGAUGGCGUAUAUAACUUUACUUGUGUGUGUUCCAGCUAUCAUUCAGGAUCACGAUGUGAAGUUGCAACCGACACAUCCUGCAAGAGUCACUAUGCAGCGGGAAGGACCUCAAGUGGAACUUAUUACUUAAGUGUAUCAGGGUACACUUUCCAGGUUUAUUGCGACAUGUCGGGAAACUCAGGUGGAUGGACACUCAUUGCGCGGUUUUCAAACGCUGAUGGGAAAAAUUGGAUGAGAGAUGACGCUUACUGGUGGUACGAUAUCCAGUCUUCGCAGGGGUCCCCUACAAGUACAUCCACUAACUCUGACAUGAUAUCAGAAGCAUUCUGGAAGGUGCAGGGAAGCGAGAUUAAAAUCACACGCAGUGACGAUAGUUCAAACUCUGCUCUUCUUCGUACAUAUAAUAACUGCUUUGGUGGAAAAACAUACAGAGGAUUCAUGUCCGCUUAUGGGAAGUUUAGUUACCGUAACGUUUGGUCCAAUAAUCAGUGUCUUGGUAGCUGCCCAGUGUACUUUGGUGGAUUGUACCAGACCACUGUUGGCUUUAGUCAAGCGCACUGCAGUGGCAAUAUUCAAGGAAGCUACCGCAUUGGAUUCUGGUGUCAGUGGGAUGCAGGCGAUGGUUCAGUUAUGAUGUUUGGAGGAGGAGGAAGUGGAUGCAACCGAGCGGAUCAUGGUAUUGGGAUCACUGAGAAUGACUACGGAGGAUUUGAAGAAUGGAGUGGUAGUGGGGAGCUUGAUUUUGGAAAUGAAGCCCACAUCUCUCCCACUACUUCUUACGCCUUGAAUUUAUGGAUUCGUUAGAAGAGGAACAUUCAUUGCUGAUUUAAUCCAUCUCUAGACGAAAAAAAAAAAAAACAGGCAACAGGCUGUUUCUUCUAAGGCCAUUUUUAGCUUGUUAAAAUAGAACGGGAACCUUAGCCGCAUAUUAACAAGGCUCAUUCCUCCCUGAUUUUCUAACAAUUACUCCAUGAGCGCGCGUAUGGUAAAUAGCUGGGGAUGCGCGUAGCGCCGAGCUGGUUAUAAUUAAUCUCAUAUCCAACAUGCGUGAAUGGAAUUAUUUGUUUUUUUUAAAUUUUCUACCCAAGUUUUCCACUCAAUGCCAUGGGGUUGGGGCCGCUUUUGCAUCUGAGCCCAUGCAACGGUUGGUAUGUGAAUGGGAAGGGGAGGAAAAACGUGUUUUGAUGUGAUUUUUCUCGAGAUAUUAUCGUUACACACCAAGACCUCAUUUACUAAAGCAGACAUACUCUGUUUUUCCAAUGGAAUUCUAUUCUACCUUAAAAUUGUAAGACGCAUAUAAAUACUUAAAAGUUGCCUAAAGUUGAUUACUCAUGCCUAUAUAUCAUAUACCAAAAGUACAUGAAAAACAAGAGAAUUUACACUUGUAUUGCGAUACGAAAACGCAAUAUACCUAAGUAAAAGACUUUGGAUACCUGAGUAACCGAAACCCUCUGUCGUGCCUGAAUAUAAACGAACAUUUGAGUUGUAACAGUAUUGUAGGUGAUUUGAGGUAGACUUUUUUUAUCUGGAUAAUUACACAAUGGAAAGUUAGAUCUUCUGAUUUUAGACUAACAAAAAUGAUUAACUAUGCAACAAUUAAGAGGUUCGGUUCCCGGACGAUGUAGCAACGCUGGUUACCUGCUUUGAUUUUUUAUCUACGUUAAAAUCCAGGACUAAUUAUUAACUCGUGGCUACGAAACAGAAGCAAGGUAAAGCAGAUUUUACCCAGUCAGAGCCAUAUUUUGUAAUUAUUUUAAGCAAAAACGUUUAUUUUACUUAAAAUUGCCGUAGCUUAAUUAAAUUUGA